CGCUCAUGAGUUCUUCUUCAACUCUAACCACAUCACUUACACACAUUUGAAGGGAGGUGCGGCGGGAGGAUAACCUUAUUCCGCCAUAUCAUUAUUUGACACAAACCAUCUGGGCUAUUCCGAUACCUCGGGGUUUAAUGAUAAGGUCUCGAUUGUUCUGUUUUUAAACUUGCCCAGGGCGCUGUAGUCUCAUCUUUGUUAUCAUUAGAGUGCUGUUUGUAAGUUCUCAACAUGUGUUCACUAUCAUCUCAUGUCCGGAGACCACUUUGUGGGAAAGAACAAUCAGCAAAGGAGGUCCUUCCCAUGCUGUCAAAACUGCGACACGUACCUUCCAGAAACGACAGGAUUCUUUCACUAGGGUUUUUAUAGCACAGUUCUUUGAAUUCCUUUUGGCUAAUGCCCAGCUCAGGAAUCCUCCCAUGGACACCGUAAACGUGAACCAGCAAACAUCCUCCACCCACUUGGCCAUUCACUCAAAAUGGGAGGCGUCGCAUCGGAUAUAGAGAUGGCAGACGCCUGCGCUCCAUCCUCGUCCUCGUCCUCAUCAUCUGGCCUCUCCCCUCCGCCCACGUACAGCCCAGACUACGAGGGACUCUCUCAGAAAGCCGAGACAGAUUCUUCCAAAGAGACUGUCAAAGAGACUGUCGACUCACUCAACGUGCGGGACGACCCGGAAUCUGAAGCUAUCAACCCACAACUUCCCGGCACAGAUCUGCCCAACAUGGCGCGACGUUCGGCGCGCAACUCGAACAAGCCCAAGUCAGCGAGUGCUUCCCCGCCGAAAGUCGCUAAGAGAAAGCAGCCCACCAGAGUGGUGUCCAAGAAGGGGCCAAAAUGGACGACGCAGAAGCUCUUGACGGACCCCAAGUCGCCGCUUGCCAGCGCGAAUCUGAGAGCGAUACUCUGCCAGCCAGCGGCAUGGGACAUACUCACCAACGAGGAGCGUGCUGAGAUUGUCAACCUCUUUCCAGCCGACACACAUAUUCUCGACGCCGGCACCGACGAAGCCCGCCCGGACUUUGACGCACUUCGCAACAACAACAACUUCCGCCACGAUUGUGCCACAUACGCCGACAACAUCUCCCAGGGCAGGCACGACCCUGAGUGGCUCGAGCAGGCGUGGGGCGCGCGCGAGCGGCGGCGGGCGGGCGACUUUGACGACUAUGUCACGCAGAAGUUCGAGGAUGAGUGGUCGUGCAAGCUGCCAGAGGGCUUUAAGCCGAACAGAAGUGGCGACGUACCAGGCCUCGCUGCGCCUGCGGAAGCUGGAAAGGUCCAUGUCGAGCAGAGGGAGGAAAACACUAACCAGACAAAGGGAGAUAUCAUCGACAAGGUCCAGGUGGAGGGAGAAGCCAUCAAACAGGUGAAGGAGACGAAGGCUGCGGACACGUCGGGUGACGCUAAUACGGCAGAGGAGACCGAUUCCAGAGAAGCACCGGGUGUCGCACUUGGGUCCCCUCUUCCUGAAGACAUCUCAUCAGCAAAGAUUGGCAAAGCUACUACCGAGAUCUCCCCUGAAGAGCAGGUGCCAGAAUCCUCGCAGGUGCCGCUUGGGGGCGAUUCUCCUGACGAUUCAUCCCCAAAGGCCCAUCACCAAAACUCAAACAAACAGACAGAGACGCAAAAGGGAAAGAAACGGGUAACUACGGAAGGAAACUAACAAAGGCUUAUCCGAGGGAAGCAUCCUCGUGCUGGCAAGGCUCAAGAGGGUGUGAAGGUGCCAGAGCAUCAAGGCUGAGAGCUACCGAGGGAGAUACAUUCAAAUCCAUUUGUCCAUAUGCAGCAUCACGAAUCAUGAUUCAUGAGAAGGAAUGGAAUUCGGGCAGGUAGGAGAUACCUAUUUGUUGGGCGGCACGACAUCUUCUGGUUUGUCGCCCGGAGGCGGGCUUUCUUUGGUAGAGCCUAAUAGCAAUAGGAUCUAGCAAUAUGAUCCAAGCCACUACAAAUCACUUUUUCGUUAAAAAGCU